ACGCAACGGUUAGUCCGAAAUUUAACACAUAAGCCGACAGACGCGACCUGAGCGAUCGCGCAAGCAACAACAAAUCAACAAAGCAACAACAACAACGACGACUGCUGCGAAAAUAAGCAACAGAAACUGAGAAUCGGAAACUUUUGCCGGUUGCCCCAUAACGAAUCAAACGAAUUGCCGCAAGUGUUUUGUGUCUAUUCUAAAUAAAUAUUUUUGAAUCUUUGUUCAACACAAAUAUACAUUUCAAAACCUAAAAGAAAACAGUGUUUGUGAAAUAAGAUGAAGCUGCUUUUUGCUGUUCUCCUGAUCGCGUUGGCUGCAAACGGCGUUUUCACGCUGCCAGCACGUUCAAGUCCGCAGGAUGAUGCUGAGGUGAUACCGGACACGGAUUUCCGUGACUUUAAGGGCGUCAUCGAUACGGGCGCCGAUGCCACUCCAUUCCUGCAGCCAAGUCCAUCGGCCGUUAACUUCUUGAACUCCUUUGAUGACAUUUUCCGUCGUCUGCGCACUCGUCUUUGGCCCGUGACUCUUGACUCGGAGGAGUCUGGCUCCGGCGAUGAUGGUUUUGCUGCCGGCUUCCCACUGCGCUUCGGAUUGAGCAAUCUGAAUCCGGUGGAUCCCAAGAAUGGCAACACAACAUCCACAGUUAAGGUUGUCGAUGGUCACCGAUUGGAGAUCAAUGAGACCGUCUAUGGCGAUGAGAACAGUCACUUCAAGGUGCGUCUGGUGAAUGUGCGUCCCUUGGAGAGUGGCGAAGAGGUUGUCGAGGGCAUCACCCAUGACAAUGGCGAUUUCAAGCCGGCGAAUUCCGCUUCCCCGGUUACUUCGGCGCCUCCCAAGCGCAGCGAACUCGAUGAAUCCGAUGAGGAUCGUCGUGAACCUCUGGAGAAGCAGACCAGGGACAACGAGGUGCGCGACAUCGAUGAACCUCAGGUAUAAAAAAUGCCACAAAAGCUAAAAAUUGCAAUUGCAAAUUGUAAACAAAACAAAAAAAAAAAACGAAAA